CUUUUACAUCCCACACAACUUCGCGCUGGAGAACCAGCGUUCCCCUAAUGGCCAGUCAAGUUACAGCCGGAACACGCGUUAUAGCAGAACUGACUGUAUUUCCAAGUCGGUGUCAUUCGCAAAUGCUGAAACUAUGCCAGACCUGCAGCAGUGAUCUGAGAGCCGGGGGUGGGGGCUCUGCAAGGACUGGCCACCCACCUGUAACGAGCUUGGUGCCGAAGGUUAGUCCUCUGCUGGGUGUUUUGUCACCUCAAUGUUAUGUCUAUGAACUCGACAGCCUUCUCCCCUGCUCUGCUGUGUGCGUUUGUCAAGGCUACGGCGAUAAUGUGUGGGUUUAAACGGAGCCUCCGGUGCCUGAAGCUCACUCAGCAGCUCGAGGACUGGGGGGGUCGUGACAGAUACCGGCGCAGAUGCCUCGGGAGGUUUCUCACACAGUUGCGACACUCUUUCCCUGCCAGGCCAUUAUCGUUUUGCUCAUCGUGCAGUCCGGAUCGUUAGCACAGCCGCGAAGUCACUCUCCGGAUGCCCAGGCGGAAAGGCUGGGUAUCCGGCUCCGGCCCACUCCGCGCCCAGGCUCCGAGCCCGAAAGCGCUUGGAGCAGGAUGAAGGCUUCGAACAGCGUCCGGCCCUACUCCCUCACCCGGAGUGACGACCAUUACCGUUACUCACCGAGACCAAAGCACCUCGACUCGAAGCGGCUCCGCAAGAUCCUCGGUGCCGCUUUCGACCCUUUCUGGAUGUCGGUUACGGGUCGCCAUAGAAACGAGAGCGAGCGCGACCACCUGUUGCAGCUGAGCAGCGAGCUCGCGGCCGCAGCACUGCGGCUGCGCGGGAAGCUCUGGCAGGAGGCACGGCGGCUGGAACCGGCCGGCAUGGCCAGCGAGGCGGCUAAAGCCCAGUGGAGGCGCUGGAUGGUGCGGGAGGCCAGCUGUCCUCUCACGUCCUGGUGGGUGGACCUGGGGCCCGUCUUCUGGCCGAGGUGGGUAAGGCAUACCGACUGCGACAGGGGCCGGGCCAGCUGCUCCUGGCCCCCGGGCAUGAGCUGCACUCAAGCCGAGUGGAUGCACAUCAAGCUGCUGGUGUGGCACUGCUGGACCGUGAAGGAGCGAGUGAGAGCAUCGCAGCAGUGCACCUGGAGGCAGGUACCAUACCCCGUAGUGACCGCUUGCAAGUGCUCCUGUCGGUGAAGCCAUCCUGCUGGCUGUUCAUCCCCUGCCCCCAUCCCUCAUCCUUUACAAAUACCGUACGGACCCCAGCCGGGGCUAUCUCCUAGCCCUCAAACUGCAGGUAGACCAGGGAACUAUGUAAUCGCCUUCGAGAUGAUUAGACGGUCACUGGACAGCAACUUGCGUUUUACUUCUCAGUCCACAAGAAGGGAAGAUGAUAGAACCUCCUCUUAUUCCCAUAUUCCAAAUGAGGCAAAUUGGCUCUUUAUUAUGCUGUGUGCAAGUGUGACACCACUCCCCUUUUAUCAUCCAAUUGAGGCAUUUGAGGGUAGUUAUACUAUAAUUGUACCAGUUGUGCCCUGCAAUGAAUUCAUUCCUGAGCAGGGAUGGGGUAGGGUAUGGAGGGCCCGGGGAAGGAGAAUGUGAGGCGACGGCUGAGCUACACUAGGCUGCUUGCACUGAGAAGUCCUUAUCUCGGCUAAAGGCAUUUGUAAACUCUGGCACACUCCUGCGUCCUGUGCUGAGGUUGUAGUCAAUGAGCUGUGGAACCCUGUGAUCAUGGGAAUAUACAAGUCAGGAAUAGGAAUAAGCCAUUCAGGCCUGUUCUGCCAUUCAGUAAGACCAUAGCUGAUCUGAUUGUGGUCUUAACUCCAUAUUCCUGUCUGCUCCACCUGAUAGCCAUCAACCCCCUGACCAGUCAAGCAUCUAUAUGCCUUUGCUUUAAAAAUAUUCAAUGGUCCCAACUCCGCAACUCUCUGGGGAAGAGAGUUCCAAAGAUCCAAAACCCUCUGUGAGAAGAAGCUCUUCUAAGCUCCAAGUUAAAGGGGAGGCCCUUGAUUUUUAAUCUGUGCACCCUAGUUUUAGUCUUUCAGUAUCAGAGAAACAUACUGUCACCGUCCACCCUGAGAGUUCCCUCCAGAUCUUAUGUUUCAAUAAGAUGGAGUGAACCCCUCUCCCACCAUACCACUGCACAAAAACAAAGUUGCUGGAAAAACCCAGCCGGUCUGGCAGCAUCUGUGAAGGAUAAAAACAGAGUUAACGUUUCAGGUUCGGUGACCCUUCCAGCUUUUCCAGCAACUCUGUUUUUGUUCCUGAUUUACAGCAUCUGCAGAUCUUUUGGUUUUUAUAUCGUAUCUCUGCACCUGCUUUCCCCAAAUAGGGGAGUCCUGACUGGAAUUAAUUUUCUUGCUUUAUCUUUCAGUAUUGUAUGGGUGAGGCAGCCAAUCCAGCAGUUACAGGAUUUGUUUGAAAUCAGUUGGUGCCAAGAUUUCUGCCUUUUGUUAUUCAUUAAUGGAUUAUUGCACUGCUAAUUGCCUCUCAUUGUUGUCGGUCUGGAGUCACAUGUAAGCCAUACCAUGUAAGGACAUAAACAGAAAUUGCUGGGAAAGGCCAGCAGGUCUGGCAGCAUCUGUGGAAAGGACAGUAGAUUACCUUCUUUAAAGGACAUUAGUGAACCAUUACUUACAACAGUUAACAAUAAUUAAUGGUCCAUUUAGAGACUAGCUUUUUAAUUCAAGAUUUUUAAAAUUAAAUUCCAGUUUCACCAUCUGCUCUGGUAGGAUUCAAAUCCAUGUCCCAGAACAUUAGCCUGGGGAUCUGGUUGACUAGUCCAGUGACAUUACCACUACACCGCCAACUUUCCCCCCUGUUGUGGGGAGAAUUUACUUCGGUUGCCUUCCCCCGUCUCCCUUCACAACGCAGGCCUCCAUCUUCUGAUUGACUCACUGACACAGAGCCCAAGAUGGAUUAUCACUCAGUUUUUAAUUUGGGAGGUUGGGAGUGAAGAAGUCACUUGGAAUCAGAGUCUUUCCUGUAAAUACAUCACAACAUGCUAUUCUUGAAUCCUCAUUCCCUGAGCCCAUUGGAUUGUGUGAAUCUCCCACUUGUGGUCAUUCCUUCCCAGAGAGCCAUUGUCAUGCUGAUAUCUCACAGUCACCCUGGACACUAUUAGCAGUGAUUCUCCUCUCUCUGGCAGACUGGAGCAGGCAGGCACCUGAGAAGAUUGUUGUGGUGCCUGACUUACUGAAGAAUUGCAAAUUGGAUAUGGCAGCAGUGAAUUGGAACUUCGCCUCCACCAACAGGGAGCAAAGUCUGCAAGCCAUUAACUUAAAUCUGUUUCCCCUUGUUUCUACAAACAGUUUUGAUCCUCAAAGUUUGGAGCCUGUGAGAAUGGAUUAGAGAAGAGGAAUUCUUGUUUCGAACAACUCAUACAGCAGCAAAGCGUUGAUUAGAUUCUUGGAAUCACAGUAUGACUGCAGUGUAGAAGGAGGCCGAUUCCCCAUCAUGUCUACAGUGGCUUUCCAAAUGAGCAUUUCAUUAGUACCAUUCUGCUACUUUCUCCCUGUAACCUGUACAUUUUUUUUCAAAUACCUGUCUAAUUCCCUUCUGAGUGCUUCAGUUGAACUCCAUCUGGGUGCAGAUGAGGGGACUAUUUGACUAAAACUUCCAGGAAUAUGUCGAACUGGAGUUGGCAACCCACAAUGCAAAGUCUCCUGUCAUGUUUAUUGGUGAAUGCAGUGCUAUAAGUAUAUGAGAAUUAGGUGAGGCAGGGCUUCUCGAAUCUGCUCUGCUAUUUGACAAGAUCUUGGCUGAUCUGAUUGUAGUCUGAACUUCACUUUUCUGCCUGGCUCCCUUGUCAAUCAAAAUUCUGAACAGCAGCCAGUAACUGUGUAUACCUUGUCUUAAAGUAUUGAGACAAAGGGAUCAGGGAAUGCAGUUAUCUUUAGCAAGGGAAAGUUUAGAAAUAUAUCUGUUAACAUGGCCAAAAAUCAUUAAAUUAGUGAGCAAGGGAGAAUCUGUUCCUUAACAACAACAGAUCAGGAUCAUCAUCUUCAUGGUAAUCAUAGCAAGAGUUUGAUGUUUGGGGUGCCUUGAUUAUAUCAUAAUCAUGAGACCAGUAGAUUGAUAGGAUCAAUAGAGAGAGACACCUUUCCACUGGGGGGAAGAUAUAAAGGGGACGUAAUCUUAAAAGCAAGUUCCAGGCCAUAAAGUAAAGAAAUGUUUUCUUUACACAGAAGUGGAAUUGUGAAAGCCCCUCUCUGAAGCAGUCAGAUCAAGCAAUCAUUUUAAAUCUGUGAUUGAUUUUAUUUUGCUGGAUGGCAUAUUAUGGAUAGACAGCCUUUGGAAUACAGACAAGCCAUGAUCUUGAUAAAUGGCAGAACAGCUUAGAGGAGCUGAAUGGCCUCCUUCUGUUCCUAUAUUCCAUUAAUGUACCCUCUUAACAAUGUGCAAUAUUUGAUUAACACUGCCUAAUAAUUUAUAAAGUAUUCAGACCUCAGUCAAUGAUGUGUAUCAAAUCUUUUACAGGGGAGUAUGAAGGAUUACAUCAGAAUGUAAUUUGCUGGUUUGUGUGAUUUGACUGGGAUACGGUGGCAUGGAUUGGGGAUUGGUAAUGGGAGUGAGAUGGCAAGGUAUGGCCACAUUUUAAUAAUAAGCAUCUAGGCCCUGUCGAAAGCCUGACAUCAAGUCAGGGAAGUGGAAACGGGACUUCAGUUUAAAUUAAACCAAAUAAAUAUUAAUGCUAAGGAGGAGGGGCCUUGCAAGUGAGAAGAAGGGAAAUCAGGCAAAAUUUAGGAAUGACAGUUAGAAGUUGGAGUGGGAGUUCUAUUUUGUACAAGAUCAGGUUGUACCACUAAUCGUCAUUUCCAAGUUUUUUUGUCUUUAAGUUAGAAAGAUUGGCCUCAGGAUCUUGAAAAGCCCUCUUGUCAAGAGGGAAAGACUAAUAGUACUUGGAAAUGAACAUAUUGUCCACCAGUUUGAAGUGCACGAGAUGAGUUGGGCCAGUAAAUCCCCUUUGUGUGAUUUAUGGUUUUCCUCACUGAUUCCUCUGGCAGGUUAUAAUAUCAUGUAUUCCUUUACCACUAAGCCAUAAUGAAAGCCACUCAGAUGUAGAUUUACCAAAGCUUAUUUUUUGUUAGGUAACACUCUAGAGAACUUUGUCAGUAAACUUGUUUUUUACCGUGAGUAAGCAUCAGGCUCCUACUUGGCCUCUCCUGCAAGCCUGCCCCUCAACUUGCAUUGGUACUAAAGAAAAACCUGCAUUUAUAUACUGCCUUUCACCCACCUCAGGAGCUCCCAGUGAGUUUAGGCUUACUGCCAGUGAAAUAUUUUUGAAGUAUUGUCAUGAUUAUGAUGUUGCGAUGUAGCAGCAAAUUAGUGCAAAGCCAGCUCCCACAGACAGCAAUGUGAUAUUGAUCAACGAAACUAUUUCUGAAAUGCUGAUUGAGGGGUGAAUAAUGUCCAGGAAGCCUGGGGAGAACUCCCCUGAUUCUUCUUUGAAAUGGGUGCAACAUUCAGUCAUUUACCUCUGUCACUUACGUCACAGCACGUAUCCAAGCGGUUCUUUUCAUAUUCGGGUAAAUACAAUUAAGAGAAGGCUUAACAACAGUAAUUUGCUUAAAUGUAAAUGUUUAUUAAGUAAAAAUAACUUAUUAUAAUGGAAAUAAUUUAUUAUUAUUGUCGUAAUAAUGAACGGAAAAUAAA